AUGCCCCCAGGAACUCUCCCUCAGGGUUCAGGCACUGGGAUCUUCCAGAGUGCUUGGCCCCCAAGGGCCGGUGCGUCACCCAGGGGUUUCUCCCAGGCUGUCGGUGCCCUGAGGGCCUUUGCCAUGUGGCGGCGCACCCAGGGGCCCUGCCAGGGUGGUGGCGCACCCAGGGCUUUACCAGGUGCCGCGGCGCCCAGAGGGUCUCUCCUAGGGGCACUGGUGCCCCCAGGACACCUCUCAGGUGGUGGCGCCCCAGGCGCCCGCGAAGAACGUCACCCCAGGGGCCCGCCAAGGUGCGUCACCUUCGGGCCUCCUGUGGCUGUCGGUGCCCCGAGGCCUUGCCAUGUGACGGCGCACCCAUGGGCCUCCUGCUACGGGGUGGUGGCGCACCCAGGGGCUUUACCAGGUGCGGUGCCCACAGGGUCUCUCCCUAGAGCACGGUGCCCAGGCCACCUCAGGUAUGGUGGCGCCUCAAGGGCCCGCCAAGGAGGAACGUCACCCCCAGGCCCGGGCUCUCCUGCGCCGGUGCCCCGCAGGGGCCUUGCCAUGGGUGGUGGCGCACCCAGGGGCUUUACCAGGUGCGUCGCCCUUAGGGGCUCUCCCGGUUCUGUCGGUGCCCCCGAGGGGACUCUGCCAUGGGUGGCGGCGCACCCAGGGGCCCCGCUGCCGGGUGGUGGCGCACCCCUGGGGCUUUACCAGUGUUCUAUAUGUGCAAAACAACUGCCCCCACACGUCAAUCCAGUGAUAGUGUCCCCUGAGGCCCUACUAUUUGCCCUACCAGGUGCGUCACCCUUAGGGGCUCUCCCCAGGGCUGUCGGUGCCCUGAGGGGCCUUGCCAUGUGUGGCGGCGCACCCAGGGGCCCUGCCAUGGGUGGUGGCGACCCAGGGGCUUUACCAGGUGCCGGGGCGCCCAGAGGGUCUCUCCUAGGGGCACCGGUGCCCCCAGGACACCUCUCAGGUGCGUCGCCCUUAGGGGCUCUCCCGGGGCUGCCGGUGCCCCGAGGGGCCUUGCCAUGGGUGGCGGCGCACCCAGGCUUUACCAGGUGCGGUGGCGUCACAGGGUCUCCUAGGGCACCGGUGCCCCCAGGACACCUCUCAGGUGUGGUGGCGGCCCUCAGGGCCUGCCAAGGGGAACGUCACCUAGCUCCGCCAAGGCAAAUGUCAGAUCUCCCCAGGGGCCCACCAAGGGGAAACGUCGCCCCCAGGAGCCUGUCAAGGGGUAACGUCGCCCUAAGGGGCUCUUCUAUAGAAGCGAUGCCACCACGGGCUCUCCUCAGGGUCAGCGGUGCCCCCAGGGGAUCUUUGAGAAGCAGUGGCGCCCCAAGAGGCAGCUGGACCCUCAGGAGCCCUCUCAGGGGCCCUACCAGAGGAGCCUCCUACCAAGAGACCUAUAGCUUUCGGUCGUGGUGUGCGUCACCCUUAGGGGCUCUCCCAGGGCUGUCGGUGCCCCGAGGGGCCUUGCCAUGGGUGGCGGCGCACCCAGGGGCCCUGCCAUGGGUGGUGGCGCACCCAGGGGCUUUACCAGGUGCCGUGGCGCCCAGAGGGUCUCUCCUAGGGGCACCGGUGCCCCCAGGACACCUCUCAGGUGUGGUGGCGCCCUCAGGGGCCCGCCAAGGAAGAAUGUCACCCCCAGGGGCCCGCCAAGGGGGGCCUCCCGGGCUGUCGGUGCCCGAGGGCUCAAGCAUGGGUGGCGACGCAAAUCCAGGGGCCCUGGCCAUGGGUGGUGGUGCACCCAGGCUUUACCAGGUGCGGUGGCGCCUACAGGGUGCUCUCCUAGGGGCACAGGUGCCCCCAGGACACCUCUCAGGGUCAGCGGUGUACCCCCAGGGAUCUUCCUUCCAGAAGCAGUGGGGCCCCCGGCAAUGGCUAGACCCCAAGGACCCUCCCAGAGGAGCCCCCGCCGAGAGAACUGGUCUCUUCUGGGGCACCGGUGCCCCAGGGGACCCCCUCAGGUGUGGUGGCACUCCAGGCCUGCCACAUGAGGAACGUCGCCCCCAGGGGCCCGCCAAGGGGACCGUCAUUCCCAGGCCCGCCGCCAAGGGGGUCUCUCCUGGGGCACCGGCAGGCCCUCAGGAACCUCUCAGGUGUGGUGGCGCCGGCCCGCCCAAGGAGGAACGUCACCCCCAGGGGCCCGCCAGGGGACCGUCGCACCAGGGGCCCGCCAGGUUAACGUCGCCCCAAGGGGCUCUUCUUCUUAGGGAAGGACGCCCCAGGGCUCUCCCUCAGAGUCAGCGGUGCCACCCCCAGGGGAUCUUCCAGAAGCAGUGGGCCUCCAAGGGCCGGCGAAAUCUCAUGUUUCCCAGGGCCCUCCCAGAGGAGCCCCUGGCAGCCAAGAGAACUAUAGCUUUGCGUCGUGGUGUCGCCCUUAGGGGCCUCCUGGCCAAUGGUGCACCCGAGGCCUCGCCAUGGGUGGCGGCGCACCCAGCGGCCCUGCCAUGGGUGGUGGCGCACCCAGGGGCUUUACCAGGUGCGGUGUAUGCCCACAGGGUCUCUCCUAGGGGCACCGGUGCCCCCAGGACACCUCCUCAGGUGGUGGCGCCCCUCAGGCCCGCAAAGGAAGAACGUCACCCCAGGGCCCGCCAAGGCAACGUCAGAUACCCCCAGGGCCCACCACAAGGCAACGUCGGUUCCCCAGGCCCGCCAAGGGGUAACGUCGCCCCAAGGCCCCUUCUUAGGGAAGCGAUGCCCCCAGGAACUCUCCCUCAGGGUCAGCGGGUCUCCUUGGGGCACCGGUACAUUCCCCAGGACCUCUCAGGUGUGGUGGCACACACCCCAGGGCCCGCCAAGGAGGAACGUCACCCCAGGCCCGCCAAGGGGGACCGUCAGUUCCCCCAGCCCGCUAAGGUAACGUCGCCCCAAGGGGCCCUUCUUAGGGAACUGAUGAUUCCCCAGGGCUCUCCCUCAGGGUCAGCGGUGCCCCCAGGGGAUCUUCCAGAAGCAGUGGGGCCCCAAGGGCCGUGUUCUAAAUGUGCAAAAACAACUGCCCCACGCCAAUCCAGUGAUAAAGUGCCCCCUGUGCCCUACUAUUUGCCCUACCACAGGUGCGUCGCCCUUAGGGGCUCUCCACAGGGUCAGCGGUGCCCCCAGGAGAUCUUCCAGGAAGCAGUGGCCCAAGAGGCAGCUGGACCCUCAGGAGCCCCUCUCAGGGGCCCUGCACCAGAGGAGCCUUACCAAGAGAGACCUAUAUAG